UUUGAUAGCAUUUCAACAUGUCAAGUUCCCGCCAGGUUUAAAUUCAGCAGGUGUAUUUUUUUCCCCUGCAUCUGUUUUCUUCUUACCCACUGAUCAUCUGAUCUUCACUUACUCGCCAGCAUCCAUCGAGUAGGUCGCGCGCAGAGCUGUACAGUAGUGUUCACUCCAGGGGGGGAGCUCUGAAAGAGAGUUUACAGUACGACAGUCACAUACUCUCUGAUACAGUCGCUACUGGUAUACAAAAAAUAAAGACAAAUAUUAUUCAUAUAUAAAACUAAGAACAAGGAACAAUUGAUCAUGGAUGUAAGAAGGGUGGAAAGCAUCUCUGCUCGGCUGGAAGAAACUGGUUCUACAGGCGGUUUCAUCUAUCCUCAGAGGAGCAUCAAACGCAGCAUUAAAGAGCGGCUCAUGAAACUCUUGCCUUGCUCAGCUGCUACAAAGGCCUCUACCGAUACCCAAAACAGCAUCGAAGAUGAAUUGGAAUUGGCCACUGUCCGCUACCGUCCUGAGGGCCUGCAACAGCUGGAGGCACAAACACGAUUCACAAAGAAGGAGCUUAAAAUCUUCUACAGGGGAUUCAAAAACGAAUGUCCCAGUGGGAUCGUCAAUGAAGAAACUUUUAAAGAAAUAUACUCUCAGUUCUUUCCACAGGGAGAUUCGACUACAUAUGCACACUUUCUGUUCAAUGCAUUUGACACAGAUCACAACGGCUCUGUGAGUUUUGAGGAUUUUGUCUUGGGUCUUUCAAUUUUGCUGCGGGGUUCGAUACAAGAGAAGCUUAAUUGGGCUUUUAAUUUGUACGACAUAAAUAAAGACGGCUACAUAACUAAAGAGGAGAUGCUGGACAUUAUGAAAGCUAUAUAUGAUAUGAUGGGAAAAUGCACAUACCCUGCCCUCAAAGACGAAGCACCCAGACAGCAUGUGGAGAUAUUCUUCCAGAAAAUGGACAAAAACAAGGAUGGAGUAGUUACCAUAGAUGAAUUUAUCGACUGCUGCCAAAACGAUGAGAAUAUAAUGAGAUCCAUGCAGCUCUUUGAAAAUGUCAUCUAACGGGGUGCUUACCAGCAGCACUUUAAUGGCCAGCUCGAAGAAUUAUUCAGAGAAUACAUGACAGGACUUAUGACUUCGUACAUACUUAAACCACUCAGCAAUAUGCUGACGUAUAUAUAUAUAUAUAUAUAUAUAUAUAUAUAUAUAUAUAUAUAUAUAUAUAUAUAU